AUGCAUUGCAAUAACGGCAACGAAGAAGCCGGUACCCAGGGCAGCCCUCUCACGCGAGGUGAAAGCCGCUUGCAAAGAUUCGUUAGCCAGGCUGGCGACGAGGAUGCGAGGUCUCGGUACCGCGAGGAAGAGGCAGACAACAAUGCUAUCCAGCAUAACCAUGGGUCGAUAUCGUCUGGCAACGACGACCGUACCAUCAUAGCAUUCGAGCCCAACGACCGUGAGAAUCCAUAUAACUGGAAGAAGGCUCUUAUCGUUUUGACGAGCAUGGUGACGGUGGUCAACUCAACCAUGGGCAGCGCGCUUCCUAGCAAUGCGAUUCCAUACUUCACAAAGGAGUGGGAGGUUACAUCCCAAAUGCAAAGGACUUUGCCUAUUGCUAUCUUCCUUGUUGGAUAUAUCUUCGGUCCAAUCGUCUGGGCGCCACUGUCCGAACAGUUCGGUCGGCGAUGGCUCAUCGUUGGAACCUUUGCCGUGUUCUGUAUAUGGACACUGGCCUGCGCGCUGGCUCCAAACUGGCCAGCCUUCCUCGUCUUCAGGUUGCUGGUCGGUGUGUUCGCCAGUGCGCCUAUCGCGCUGGUAACAGGCAUUAUGGCAGAUGUCUACGGCGAACACCGCACGCGAGGACGAGCCAUGGCGUCCUACUUUGCAGUAAGUUCCACUCACAUCACCACUGCCUACUCGGCCUUCUCUGACCAUGGUCACCACCGCAACCAGGCCACCGUCUUCGGCCCGCUCUUCGCGCCCAUCAUAUCCGGCUUCUGCUCCCCGACCAUCGGCUGGCGGUGGACCUUCUGGAUCGGCCUCAUCUACGCGGGGCUGUCCAUGGCCCUCCUGCUCCUCCUGCCCGAGACGUACGGCCCGAUCCUCCUCGUCAAGCGGGCGCAGCGCAUCCGCAGGCUCGACCCCAAGGCCAACGUCAUCGCGCCCCACGAGCUCGAGGCGGCGGACCUGCACCAGCUCGCCGUGCGCGUGCUCACCCGGCCGAUGCGGAUGCUCUUCUUCGAGCUCAUCGUCUCCGCCACGUGCGUCUACCUCGCGCUGUGCUACGGCAUCUUCUACAUGACGUUCCAGGCGUACCCGAUUAUUUUUGAAGAGAUGUAUGGGCUCUCGCCCGGCGUCGAGGGGCUGUGCUUCCUCCCCAUCGGCGCCGGGGCGCUGUGCGCGCUGCCUGUGUUCUUCUCGUGGGACGCGUACCUGGAGAAGGCGCAGGCUGAGGGGAGGCCUUAA